GGCACUCGGCUUGGCUAGAGGUCUUUCUCGUUUCCACGCGUGUUCGUAGAAAAAGAAAAACAGAAAGAAUAGACCUGCCUGUCUGCUUGAUCAGGAGUAUCAACUGUUACUGUGAAUUUCAAAAUGAGCAAAAAGAGAAAAAGGCAGGAUGAUUUUCAGAAGGUGAAACUCAAGGUUGGCAAGAAGAAGCCGAAGCCGGACAAUGCUACGAACGUUAACUUCAAGACCAAGGGCAUACACCUUCCUGACCAGCUUAAGAGGGACGGGGCGCUGCCAACCAACCACAGACAGCUCAAUGUGAAGGACCUCCUGACCCAGAUGCAUCACUACAGCCCGGGGGUGAAGCUGUCUGCUCUGACGGGGCUGAAGGACCUCCUGUCCCAGCAUGCUUCGGUGCUGGAUACCCACCUCUCCAGCAUCCUGAGCGAGGUGGCGGCCGUCUUCACAGACAAAGACCCUCCAGUGCGGGCAGCUGCCAUCCGCCUCCUGCAUUUCCUAGGGCCCCGUGUGGCCCCUGAGCACAUCGCCCCCUUCUUCCCGCUGGUGAGUGCCCACCUGUCCAGUGCCAUGACCCACAUCACCGAUGGCAUUCAGGAGGAUGCACUUAAGGUACUGGACGUACUGCUGGAGCACUACCCUCAGCUGCUCACCGGCCGUAGCACUGUUCUGCUCAAGAACUUCGUGGAGCUGAUCUCACACCAGAGGCUCUCCAAAGCUGUGAAGGGAGGGCGGGCGGGGAAGGGCCCCAGCUGGAUGCUGUCGGUCAGCCCCGGCCGCAGGCUCACCUCUCAACAGUGGAGACUCAGUGUGCUCUUCAGGCUGAGCAAGUACCUCCAGGCCUUGGCAGAGGAGCAGGGUGGAGCAGGGGAGGACGGGCGACAGGUCCCCUCGGAUGAAAGGGAGAAGGGGAAGGCCGGCUCCGGGUUUGUCACCAUGCUGGAGGUGACCUGGGACGAGCACAGCUACGGGACAAAAGGAAUCCAGGUGUAUGAGAACUCUGGGGCUCAGCCCUCUGUUCGGUCCUGCUUCCGUCUCAGGCCUGUGUCAGGGGUUAGUGCUGAAGAGGGGCUGUCCUCGGUGGAGAGCCUUAAGGGCUUUGUGCAGACGCUGGUCCCUCUGCUCCUGGAGUGCUGGGUGGAGGCCAGCCCUGCUGACCAGGCUGCCUCCAGCCCGGGGAACUUGGUGGAGAGUGAAGCCAUGCUGCUCAUGCACCAGGUGCUCUGGAUCAUCCAGCUGCUGCGCACACUGGUCCAGCUCUACGACCACUCUCGCAACAUGGAUUCUUGGUUUCGAACCAACUACCUGAAUGACUUCAAGCACCAUUUCAUGAAGAACUUUCCAUACUCUCAAUUUGACAUUCCCAAAAAGAAGAAAGGUGACAGUAAAAGAAAUAAGCAGACUGCUGCUCUUCUGGCCAGUGUAGAUGCGCUUGCUCUCAAUCUGGCGCUGUCCCAGGUUAUGGUGUCACUGACCAGCUCCACUGUGGUCCAGCAGGAUUCUGAUUGGCUGGAGGCCAUCAGGAAGUUUGUGACCCACAGCCUAUCGAGCGGCAGCAAGCUGAGCUCCAAGCAACUGAGUGGAUUGCUGGAAGUGGUCUGGAGGCUGGCACUGACGCAGAGGAACAGAGCUGUGACCGAGGAGCUGCUGAGAGCUGUUCAUGUGCAGUACCAGCAGAGAAGCCUCACUCUGCCUGUGCGCAUGCAGCUGCUGCGCUUCUUUAGCGGCCUCUACCUCAAAGAGAAGGAGGCCAACCCACAGAUUGCCAGGAGCAAGGUUUUGUCUCGUUGGCUGUCCGGUCUGCCCCUCCAGCUCGCUCAGCUGGGUGGCAGGAACACCCAGCUCUCUGCCCAGCUCAUCGAGACCAUCCAUGCAGCAGCCUCCCGAUCCAACAGAGAGCUGCUGCAGAGCCUCCAGACCCAGGCCUGCCGGCUGUAUGAUCCAGAAGAUGGCAGUGUUGUCCUACUCCCUCCAGAGUCUCAGCAGCGUCUGGUCCAGCUGCUGUACUUCCUGCCCUCCCUCCCCUCCGACCUGCUGUCCUGCCUGAGCCACUGCUGCUCCAUGGGCCGCGUCUCCAGCAGCCUGGCCGGCGCGCUCUUCAGGAUCGUUCACAUGAGGUCUUCCUUCUCUGGCUGGACAGGCUGUGUUCAGGAGACUGCUGUGACGGAUGUAGACUACUUCAGCUUCCUCUUUUCCUCUCUCACAGGUUUCUCCGGGGAUGAGCUGGCCUUGAUUCAGAGAGGCAAUGAGGAUGGUCACAGCAGCCGGAUGCAGCUCUCCCCUGUCCUGCUCUACCCAACCGAUCUGGAGCAGUUUGGGCACCACUGGGAUGUGGCGCAGGAGGUGUGCCAUUGCUUGGAGACUGUCUCAUCUAGACCUCAGUGCUUUGAUAUUCUCCAGAAUGCUAUCUGCAAAAAUUUGGCUGGUCUGCGUGUGGUUCCUGACAGCACAGCGGUGGCGGUCCUCAGUGCAGUUUCCAGGCUGCUUGUCCUGGCCUACAUCCCCAGUGAGGUGCUGCUGCGCUUCCUGGCCAGCUGCUGCUACAGCCUCCUGCACCACCUACUGACCCUGGAGAAGAGCGCAGCUGAAGACAGCGCACACAAAAGGGAGGUGGUGUGGGGUGCGUGCCUAGCGGCUCUGAGUGGGGUCCCCCGUGUGCUCAGACUGAUGCUGCAGAGCCUGCGAGUGACGGACGCCUGUCAGGAGGAGCUGCCAGUUAUCGCUCAGAUCCUGCGCCUGCUGUUGCAGCAUGCCCAGCUCCGCAACCACAUGAUGGCCAACGCAGCACUGCUGCAGCAGAUUGUCCAGGAGAUCACGAGGUUUCGCAGCACUGAAGCCCGGGAGCAGUGGCUGGUGGAUCUUCAUUACUGCUUCAGCGUGUGCUUCUCCUCGCAGCCCAGAGGCCCUGCAGCCACCCGGGAGAACUACUGAUCAACCUCAACAGUAGGAAGGCUCUUGAGGCGAGGGCCAGAUGGAUCAUCACCUGUAGGUCACAUUGCAAGUCAUUACAAAACUAGCAACAGACAACUAAGGCACUCCCUUAAUCCCUUAUAAUAGUCUGAGUUGGUUGUUACUAGUUUUGGAACAUCAGUUUUAUUCCUUUUUCUAAAGAACAAAAAAUGGAGCAAAUUGCAGUGCAUCAGCCCCAUGUUGCUGGGUUACUGUGUUUUCAUUGUAUGGUUAUACAUUUUGCUUUCUGCUGUUUCUCUCUUAAAUUGGUGCCAAAUGUUCUAACUGCAGUCUUUUCUUUGGGAUACUGUGCCACUAGAGGGUGGAUGAUGAACUGGACCAGGAUGUAAGAGGGAGAGUUAGACCCAAGCUGUUUUAUUCUUCAACAUUUAAACCCCUGGUUUAUGAUGGCAGAAUGUGGUUCUCUGUGGGACAGUGCUGAGGCAAAAGAUCAAACAAACAAUUGCUUUAAAUGUAGAUGGAGGCCAAAAUGUAUGUUUCCUAUAAUAAAAAAAAUGCUCUCUUCUCCCAUAGAACCCAAUAAAAAAGUCAGGUUAUUCUGCCCAGUUUGAAGUACAGUACUACAUUACUAUGAAGGCAUACUGUUAACUCUGUUUGUGUACAGUAUAAAAUAAAGGACAGUCACCUUGUGUAUACAGACAAACAAUGUUAAGCAUCGUGCAACAAAGCUCCCAGUGAACUGGUUUUAUAUCUGUAAUGUAUUUACUGACUUAGGAAAUAAAACACAUUGUACUUUUCA